GAAAAAUGUUGUCAAACAAAUGUAGGCAUUUCUUCAACUACAGAUCCUGAUUUCAAACCUCAUUGAGCAUGAAACUUCUGCCCCAAAGCAGGGGGUUAACUUUUCCAGGUCAGGCUAGGCUAUUCUCAACUGCAGCAAUGAAGAAGCCAGACCAGUGCUAUUACAGGACCCUGAACUUGUCAACGACAGCGACUGAAAAAGAGAUAAAGAUUGCUUACUACAAGAUGGCCAAGAAGUAUCAUCCAGACAUGCUCGAUACAAACGAAGACAGAUUUGAAGCUUUAGAACAGGAGAUGUUCAAAGCUAUCAGUGAAGCCUACACAGUCCUGAGUAACCAAAAGUCUCGGGAGGAGUACGACAAACUUAUAAUGGGGGACUUCCUUGGACGUGAUAGCCAAAGGUUCUACGAUCCAACCCAGACUCGAAGCAAAAAUGAGGAGAGCAAAAUGAAGAAUUACGAUACUGAUCGUUCUUACGAGGAAAUUUUCAACCGAUAUGACAAUCACCGCGAAGCUCAUAAGGUUAGAACUAGGGCAAGAACAGCUGGCUGGGAAGACCUCAACUACAAAAAUCCGGAUAAUUCUAGAUUCUACAAGUACAAUAUCUACAAAAGAGGGACUUCAAGUGAGCAUUUUGACACAAAGGAGAACCAUGAUUACUACAGUCAGCCUAUAUCUUCCCGAGCUAGACAGAAUCUGAAGCCUCAGCUCAGACAAAUGAUGAAGGACAUAUUCUCAACCAAACCUGAUGAUGACCUCGAUGAUGACCACCCAAGGCCUGCAUAAGGAU